AAUCACAGGUUUUCCAUUGUUAUGCAACGUUUUUACACAGGAACGGACUAAACCUGGGCUCGUUUGAGGAGUGGAUGACUAUUAACCGUUUUGACCAGCAGCAGGCAGGAGCAUACACCUGCCGACCAAUCCCGCCGCAGAACGUACAGUCACCCCCUGUCUCUCUGACAAUGGGACACAGUCCUCGCUCCACUUCCAUUGCAGCAUUUCCUGCGGGGGAGUUGUCAGAGGGGGGUUCAGUCACUCUGACCUGCAGCAGUGAUGCAGCCCCACCGGUCGAGAGCUUUGCAUGGUUUAAAGACAUGGAGAGCGGCAGCAUCCCAGACAGCUUCAGUCCUCAGCUCCACCUGUCCUACCUAAAAUACACGGACAGAGGAGAGUAUUACUGUGUGGCUCGCAACUCGCUGGGAACAGAUCGCUCCGGAUCUCUUUUUCUCAAUGUCACCUACUCACCAAAGAACACACAUUUGUGGGUGAGUCCUCGAAGAGACAUCAGAGAGGGCUCCUUUGUACACCUGAGCUGUCUCAGCCAUUCCUACCCCCCUCCCAGCAGGUAUGCCUGGUAUCGAGUUGUCGGGGAGCAGCUUGUGGCUAAAGGUAACUUUCAGAACCUGACCUUCCCGUCUGUGGGCGCUCAGCAUGCGGGUCAGUACUACUGCAUCGCCUCAAACCCACUGGGAUCCCAGGCCUCUCUUGUUUCUUCGCUGACGGUCCUCUACCCCCCGAAGAACACCUCCAUUGUGGCUCGUCCCUCCAGCGUGGUGGACGCGGGCCGGCCCCUCACCCUGACCUGCAGCAGUCAGGCCUACCCAGCGGUGGACAACUUCACCUGGCACAGACUGGCUCUGGACGGGGCCACAGUACAAUCAGCAUGGGCCACCAAGUCUGGUCCUGUGUUCGCCUUCUCAGAGGUCGGUCCAGGUGAGACUGGUCAGUACUACUGUGAAGCCAGGAAUCCAAUCGGAGCCCACAGCUCUCCAGUCCUGACCGUUAGAGUCAGAGGUCGCUUAAAAGUGAUCGCCUUGGCUUCAGCGGUGGGCGUGUCUGCUGGUCUCAUCACGCUGACGGUGGCCGUCAUGAUCAGCAAGAACAUGCACAGAGUAGACGCAGAGCCUGUGGAGAAUGUAAACAAGCGUCCACCAGAACCAGCCGACACCGUGUGCUGUGUGAGUCGGCCCAACAAACCCUCCCAGCUAGAAGGGGAAAGAUGUCCGACAUUCCCGUUGCUCGAUUGA